AAGGCUUUCUUCACGUUAAAAAUUCCUAGGGUUUUAGAUGCUCUGUUGCAUACAUUUCAUAUUAUAAAUCAGAGUACCAUGGCUAAGAAGAGAACUCCCACUUCUGCCCAUCUCAUGAUGAGACCAGUUGGGAAGGGAAAAAGCUGGCUGUGGCUUGCGUCACAGCGGAGCGGCUCGGGACCCAGGAGUGCUGUUCUCGGCAGCCCUGAGCCCCGCUCUGUCCUCGCUGUCUAAUGGGCGGGCAGACUGGCAGGUCGGCUGGGGCAGAGCCCAUUCUUUCUGUUCUUCCUAAUUCAGAGCUAAUCAGAUUCUGACUGUGCCCCGGGCUCUCAAGAGGAAUCUAAUAAAGGAGGAGGACAGCAUCUCUCUGUUCAGAACAGUUUUCCUGUUGGAGUCAGCACAAGGGAUCAGAUCCCAGAGGACACCCAAGGGGGAGGUGGAUGCAGUCCCUGCCUGCAGGGAGCUCACAGGGCUCUGCUGCAGAGAGGCCCAUGCGGGCUUAGCUCAGGGCAGGACCGGGUAGCCGCCUCAGCAUGGAGGGCCCUGCCAGCCCAGCACGUAUCCCCAGGGCGCUGCCCUACUACGUGGCCUUCUCCCAACUGCUGGGCCUGAUCGUGGUGGCCAUGACUGGUGCCUGGCUUGGUAUGUACCGAGGCGGCAUUGCCUGGGAGAGUGCCCUGCAGUUCAACGUGCACCCCCUCUGCAUGAUCAUAGGCCUGGUCUUCCUGCAGGGAGACGCCCUGCUGGUUUACCGCGUCUUCAGGAAUGAGGCCAAACGCACCACCAAAGUCCUGCACGGGCUGCUGCACGUCUUCGCCUUCGUCAUCGCCUUGGUGGGCCUGGUGGCGGUGUUCGAGCACCACAGGAAGAAGGGCUACGCCGACCUGUACAGCCUGCACAGCUGGUGCGGCAUCCUGGUCUUCGCGCUCUUCUUUGCGCAGUGGCUCGUGGGCUUUAGCUUCUUCCUGUUCCCGGGCGCCUCGUUUUCUCUGCGGAGCCGCUACCGCCCGCAGCACGUCUUCUUCGGCGCCGCCAUCUUCCUGCUCUCGGUGGCCACCGCCCUGCUGGGCCUGAAGGAGGCGCUGCUGUUCGAGCUCGGGACCAAGUACAGCAUGUUCGAGCCCGAGGGCGUCCUGGCCAACGUGCUGGGCCUGCUGCUGGCCACCUUCGCCACGGUCAUACUCUACAUCCUGACCCGCGCCGACUGGAAGCGGCCCCUCCAGGCGGAAGAGCAAGCGCUCUCCAUGGACUUCAAGACGCUGACGGAGGGCGACAGCCCCAGCUCCCAGUGACGGGUGCCCCAUCCUGGCCCCUCCUGUUCCAGGGGCCCAGGCAGGUGUCCGUCCCGCAACCGCCGCUGAGGGUCCGGGCAGGGCUGGGCACAGCGGAGGUAGGGGGGGAAGUCCUCUCUGAGCGCAGAUUUUUGGGGUUCAGGCCCCCUCCGCUUCCUGCUCCUCGCUGCUGCUGCUGUCGUGUUAGUCCUGAGCACGCGUCCCCACUCCCACCCCCACCCCACUCCCCCACCCCCGCCCCUGUUGCCACCCGACUUCCUCCCCAAGAUGGAGCAGCUUUGGGUUAAGGCUCUGGGCCUAAAUGGGUCUGAGAGUUGGGGGCGCUCCCUUCUCGAGGCCGCAGUGAAGCUGAGACUUGCUUUGUGUGACCCCAAACUCCUGGCAGGAGUCUUGCGGCCCGAAGGACCGGCGCUCUGAAGGGGCCCAGCCUUUGGCAGCGGAGCUAGUGACAUUAUAUGUGAAAUAUGCUGGUGUCAGGGCCAGGUUCCCCAGGACAGGGGAGGGACUCCCUGGGACUCUCUGGACCCAGGCUUUGGCACAGCUGCGUUCUGGAGCCUUCCCUUUCUUUAACCCUUUAGCCCCGAGGUGGCUUUGCCUUGGGGGCCGUAGACUUGGGACAAACUUGCCGUGAGCCGCUUCAGAGGGCAGCCCAGAGAAGAGCCUGGAGGUGGGCGCUGGGGGGUGCUGGGCCACCUGCAGGGGCCUCUGUCCCCGCUGGGCCAGGCCUCCGCUCCUGACCCCCAGAGCUCACGGGAGGCUCCUCUGACAAGAGGGCACAGGCCUUUUCCCGUUAAACAAAAAGCUGCCGCUAAAAAGGAUAAGGUGCCCCCUUUCGAUUUCUAUGAGGAGGGUUCGGGAGGACGGGCUCCUCUCCUACCUGCGGCCGGUCUUUGCAGGAAGUUGGGACCAAGACGGAAUCAGAUUAAUCCAACCCCCCCCCCCACCCCUCCCCAACCCUGUGAGUGUGUAACGCUGUUAGCUGAGUCGCCGUUUGCCUUUGGUCUAGAGAUAACGUGAUUAGAGCAUUGAUCUGCGCUUCUUGGACUUGGCAAAUGCUCUCUCCUUGUUUUCCUCAUUUUCUGGGCUUUGAGGAACAUGACGCAGUUUCAGACAAGACAGACUUGACUUAAGACAUUAAUAAAAUUUCCAGUUCUGACUACCGUUUUUCAGCAGCUGCCUCUCCCAGCUAAAUGCUGCCUUCGAGAAAGGGGGCUCAUCUCCUUUAAUACUCGAAUUCCUACAACUCGGCCUUUGCCGUGGGGGGUCCCGCCUCAGGCGAUGCUGCUCCUCAGGGCAGGUGGCGGAGGUGGGCGCCCUCCCCAGCAGGGCUGCCUGCUCCCCACCCCACCCCGUGGCCGCUCUGGGCUCUGCUGCGGCUGCCCACCUCCGCACACCACCGCAUGCCGUUUACACUGUUCUUUGAUCGCCUGGUAUAGUCGAUGUUUACACGUGGGAAAACUCCACCUUAGACAAACUACCAAAGUAGGAUUGUGUAUCUCUCUUGCCAGAAGGGCACAGAGAGAAACAGAACCUUGGAUUUGCAAAGAAAAAAAAAAAGUCUGAACACUGGCCUGUUUGCCAAAGCAUAUGCUGGAUAACUAAUGAGCCAAAAAGGCACCCCCCUCCUCACCUGCCCCAGCCAAGCUGAUCCGUGGUGGCUUGUUUUAUUUUGCCUGUGGCCAAUCUUCGAAGAAGUCCAGUGUAGUGCUGGUACAACAGAUGAUUCAAUAAACGUCUACAGCAGA